CCCUUUCAAUUUACUUACUCUACCAAGCUCAUCUGUAAACAUGCUCCCGACCCCUGACACCUGUUUCAUUCCACACCCGAAAACUACAUUUAUCGACGACAACGUCGGCUACCUCAUUUGCCAGAUAUGCCAGUCUUCGAUCCUGGGCCUACACGACGCAUCAGCCAAGUACAGUGAUAGUAGCCCAGCCAUCCUCUGCUGUGGCCACAUCUUUAGCGCCGAGUGCCUCCAACUAUGGCUUAGCUACCAACAGUGCUGUCCAGUAUGUCGCAAAACGAAAUACGACGGCUGCAGUCAUCCAAUCAACUACCGAGUCCUCUUCAACGACAACAUACAUCGCAUACCAAAGACAUUCCCCGAAGCUGACAUUUGCCUGUCGUGCCAACUCAAGGCGUGGGAGGGUCAAAAGUAUCUGCAGUGGCGGAGGGAGCUCAGGCACGCCAAGAAACGACGCGAGAAACACACGACCGAUGCCGAGGCUCUCGAGACGAUGAAGACUGCCCAACAGAAACUUAAUCAACUGUCCCGCAUGAAGCACCGAAUCAGAGUUAAAGUGAUCCUUGAGGAUUAGUGGUAAGACGGGACUACCCGUUAUUCACAGAAGAACCUAUGGUCGAGGAAUCUGACUCAAAUUGACAGGGAAAGAGGAACUAAGCCUGCGGCGCGAAGAACCAUUCAAAGCGAGCCAGAGAAUGUGGAUGAGCUGCAGAGUCUGGUGCCAUGCCAAUAUCAUCCGACCUGUUGGGUCGUAGCUAAGACAAAUGAGGCAUAGGGAUCGAGCAAAGGUGGCUUUGGAAUGACCU